GCCGAGAGACCACCGCCUUCGCCGAGGGAGCGAAAGCCAGCAGCAGCAGCAGCAGCGAGCUUUCAGCCACGGUCACGUCCACGACGACGACGACGACGACGACGACAACGACGACGACGACGACAAUUGCGCCGAGACUCGGUCAUCGCGAGCUUACUAGGUCGUCGUAGCCGACGCACUGCCUCCUCGAUAUAGCCUCGUCGAUAGCCGUUACGAGCCGUCGUUCUUCGAGGAAGCCUGCGAUCGCUCGUCCGCGGUUGCUUUGCCAUUUCGCGUCGUCGUUGGUCGCGUCAGUUUCGCGAGUGUGGUUGCACAGUGCCUACGUGCAGAAACGAGCCUAGUGAGCGGGGAUCAAGAGAGAGCUCACGGGGAUGCCUGCUGUCAGUGCCGCCGCCGGGGAGCGGAGUCGCCGCAGCCGCAGCCAUCGGCGAUGAGCAGCCGCACUACCUCGCCCACUCUCCGCUCUGCGGCAGGAAGUGACUGCGGCUCAUCACGGGAGAAAUAAGGCCGGAUGCAGCGGCACCGGAGCAAGAGUAGCAGCAGCUUUCUCGAGGGACGGAAAUUGUGUUGAUCCUCGAGUGGUGGCUCACACCGCCAAAGUCUCGAUCCACUUCUCCGGUUUGCCUUAAUCUUUUUAUACGCUCUCGCGCGAUCGACAAACAAAACACGGACAGCCAGCAGCGGACAGCUCUCGGAUCACCCUACUCUGGCACAAUGAAUUUGCGAACAUUCGUCAGAAAUUUCAAGAGCGGCCGCGAGUGGCCGAGGGUCGAGCCGAGCUGCGAGCAGGACGGGCGCCCGCGAGCGGCGUCACCGAGGCAGAGCAGCGCCAGCGAGGAGGUGGCGAUGAGGCGCAGCAGGCGGUGGUCGGUGAUGUGCGCACGCGAGCAGCCAGCAGCAUGCCCGAGCCAGGAGAGCAGCAGCGCGGCGGCUUCAAGCCAGUAAAAAGCAGGCAGUUCUGGGGCAUCAGCGGGGCCGCAUCGACGGACGCGGACUCGGAGUGCCUCUACGAGGAGAUCAGUGGACCGUCGGCCGAGGACUCGGCCUCCUCUGCCUGCGCGGACUCGGCCCAGGCGGCUGCCGCCGCGCAGGCCCAGCAGCGCAGCAUCAGGCGCACGCGGAAGCUGGAGCAGCACGCCCCCAGGCCCAAGGCCGACCAGCAGCAGCAGCAGCAGCAGCAGCAGCAGCCUCGUCACCGAGCCCACAGCCAGCAGCAUGCGCUGCGCCCCGGCAACUCACUGCGUCAGCAGGCGCACGCAGCAGCAGCAGGCCAGUCGGCGCUCGGCGCGGGUGGCAUCGGCGGCCUCGAGUCCCGCCAGAGCCAAGCCAGCAGCUUCAAGCUGACGAGGGGACGCUUCUCGGCGGCGCGCUACCUGCAGACCACCACUACCACCACCACCACCACCCACUACCAGCAGCCCACCUCGACUCCCGGCUUCGCCGCCUCCAACCUGCCGGCGCCGCCGCUCUACCACUCGGCCUCGCGCCUGCACCGGCACGGCGUGCGGCCCGCCACUCGCCACCACUUCGGUCUGCGCGGCUCCUUCGGUAAUGAGACGCAGGAAGAGGUACCGGAGGAAGACGAGGCCACUCUCAGGGAGCUGCUCAUAAGCCUGCAGAAGCAGGUCAGCGUCAUGAGCAUGAACCUCAGCGCCAAGCUGGACGACCUGCAGCGCGGCGACCGCCACAUCGAAACGACGGUCGCCCUCAGCGAGAUUCGCACGCAGCUGCAGGAGCUCACCAAGAGCGUUGAGUCCUGCCAGAGCGAGGUCAGCGAGGUCAAGCGCGACAUGGUCGCCAUCAAGCAUGAGCUAGAUCAAGUGCAGCAGAUCAAGGAGGAAAUAGAAGAGUUGCACGAGUACGUGGAUCGUUUGGAGGAGCGUUCGCACCACCGCAAACUUAGGUUACUCGAACAGGGCUUGACAAUCUUCCUGUCGUAUGCGAUACUUGCAGCAGUGCUUGGAAUGCUGCAGUUCGGAUACAAUACCGGCGUUAUAAAUGCGCCAGAAAAGAACAUCGAGAACUUCAUGAAAGAUGUGUACAAAAGUCGAUACGGCGAGGACAUCUCCGAGGACUACGUGCAGAGCUUGUACUCGAUAGCCGUGAGCAUAUUUGCCAUUGGCGGAAUGGUUGGAGGUUUCAGUGGGGGCAUGAUCGCCAACAGAUUCGGCAGGAAGGGCGGUCUGCUGCUCAACAACGUAGUGGGAAUUCUGGGCGCUUGCCUGAUGGGUUGCACGAAGAUCGCCUACUCUUACGAAAUGCUGUUCGUUGGGCGCUUCGUCAUAGGGGUAAAUUGCGGCCUGAACACGAGCCUCGUGCCCAUGUACAUAUCGGAGAUUGCGCCGCUGAAUCUACGCGGCGGCCUGGGCACGAUCAAUCAGCUGGCCGUGACGAUCGGCCUACUCGUAUCCCAGAUCCUCGGCAUCGAGCAGAUCCUCGGCACCAACGACGGCUGGCCCGUGCUCCUCGGCCUCGCCAUCUGCCCGGCCAUCCUGCAGCUCAUCCUGUUGCCCUUCUGUCCCGAGUCGCCCAGGUAUUUACUUAUUACGAAGAAGUGGGAGGAGGAGGCGCGCAAGGCUCUGCGCAAGCUGAGGGCGAACAACCAAGUGGAGGAGGACAUCGAGGAGAUGCGGGCGGAGGAGCUGGCCCAGCAAGCCGAGUCAACCAUCUCCAUGAGCGAGCUGCUAUGUAGCCCCACGCUUAGGGCGCCCCUCAUUAUCGGCAUCGUCAUGCAGCUGUCGCAGCAGCUGUCCGGCAUCAAUGCCGUUUUCUAUUACUCAACGAGCCUGUUUACGACCUCGGGUCUGCCGCCAGAAAGCGCCAAGUUCGCCACUAUUGGCAUCGGCAUCAUCAUGGUCGGCAUGACCCUAGUCUCCAUUCCCCUGAUGGACCGUACCGGCAGAAGGACCCUGCAUCUAUACGGCCUCGGCGGCAUGUUUAUCUUUUCCAUAUUCAUCACUAUUUCCUUCCUUAUAAAGGAGUUCUUUGGUUACGUACAGGAAAUGAUAGACUGGAUGUCGUACCUGUCGGUCGUUUCGAUCUUGAGCUUCGUUGUGUUCUUUGCGGUGGGACCUGGCUCUAUACCCUGGAUGAUCACGGCUGAGCUAUUCUCUCAAGGUCCCAGGCCUGCUGCCAUGUCCAUUGCCGUGCUUGUCAAUUGGCUGGCUAACUUCCUCGUCGGCAUUUGCUUCCCGAGUAUGAAGAACACCCUCGACAAUUACACGUUCCUACCGUUCAGUGGAUUCCUAGCGGUUUUCUGGAUUUUUACAUACAAGAAGGUGCCGGAAACCAAAAAUAAGACCUUCGAAGAGAUUUUAGCAUUGUUUAGACAUGGUAAUGGCAGGAGCAGCUUACGAGACAGCAGACUGUACGGGAGCAUGCUAAACUGUGUGAAUGCAUUAGAAGGACACGUUCCACCGGCCGAGAGUGCAGCCUUGAUGGUGGCUGAGGAAAAGCCACGUCCUGACACAUGUAAGGCUCCAGCUUUCAAUCAUCCCAAAUCUGUAUUAUUUGACAUUAUAUCGUCUCGUCCGCUAUCUUUUGAACGCGAUCAUUUGUACAUACGUACGCUGUGUAUCUUCAGUCAUCAUUUUCACGUUCAUUGCAUCUUUUCUUAUCAAUGUGACCAUUCUUGUUUCGUUUAUUCUAUUUUUGCCACUUAUAUAUUUUCUUUUGUCAUUAUGAUUAUCAUGAGUUUUUAAGUUGAAUGAAAUAUGCACAGAACCAUAAAAUUUUUCAAACUCAUCUAAUUAAUUAUUAUCAUCAUUCGCUAGCUGCAUGACAUUAAUAUUAUCAGUUCUGUAUGUGAAUUCGUUAAUACGUAGUUUGUUUUUGUAAGAUUAUUUUCUUGCGUUAGCAGUCCUUUCAUCUACGUUUGAAAAUAAUACAAAGUAGAUACAUGUAUAAUAAUUAUUUCUAAUUUUGACGACUUGAGAGAUUGAUAUCCGUUUCAUGAUAAAUAAAACAAAGCUUAUCAAUUAUAUCAUAUGAAUUGUUAAUAUCGCGUGUACCGAGUUAUCAGGUACAUUGGUUUUUGUAAUGUGUUAUAUCUGCAAUUUAAUAGAGAACCCUUUUUAUUUUUAGUGUUGUAUGAUUUGUAUAAUAUUUAUCGGUAAUAGAGAGUUUCUAGACGCUUCUUUUUUAUAUUUUCUAUAUCAUACGCAUACAUCAUUUUCAUUGUUUAGUCAUGCUUUCAAACAUUCGUCAUAUAAUGUCAUUCUGCUGAAAAACAAUAUAAUUUCAUUCAUACGAAAAGAUAAGAUUUCAUAACAUGAUGUUUUUCAUGGAAGAGAAAAAAUAGUUUUGAAGAAAUGAAAAACAUCAAAAAUAGUUAUAGCUUACCCAAACAUUUCACAUUCAUUGUAUCAUUAUCGUAUCUAUUGGAAGUCGCCCGUCGUGUCCUACACAUAAAACAUCGCACAUACAACCAUGCCAAGUGUAAUGUACACCAACGUGACAAGUGUACAACAUUUCGCCGACUCGCGAGCAGCCACGUCCGAACGUGCACGUCUUGUUCCACUGUAAAAGAGAGCGCAGGCCGAAUCCCCGGAACGAAGAACACGACGCCACGUGAUAGGAAAGCGAUCAAACGAUCGGCAAAAUGAGGCAGAGAGGUUGGGAAACGUAACGCCAAGCUGCCUAUCGUUCUGCCAGAAUUAUUCAAAGACAGAUAUCACGACGAGUGCGGUCGAGAAGUUUGCGAUGGUAAAGUGUGAGCCAAUUGAAUAUUUUCAGGGCAAACCACGCUCACGCGUGGCCCAUUUUUCUUCUCCGUUCACUGAGUAACACUCACGACCAGGUCCACUCUCUGUUACGGCCUAGUGAUCGGAUUCACUUUUUCUCAAAACGCUACACCUUUUUACAUUUGUACACUACUAAAAUUCACCGAACACCUUGCAUCUGUAAUUCACAGUUUGUUCAUAGUGAUGGGCGAUCGCGCGAAUCAAUACUACACAACACAGGUCUACGAUGAAUAGAUCGAGGAUAUGCAUAAAACUGUAGUCAAUCGUUGCACCAAAACUAAUUGUAGCUCCAAAAUAAUACGUCUUUCUCUCUUACGCCGCGUAAAAUGACGUUCAAGUAGAUUUGAAGGAUGUGUUGCAAAGAUGUAGCCGCGGCAGUGUGGUCAACGUUGCCCUGUAAUAUAAUAUAAUGCAUGCGCUGCUGCACGUUUGCAUGCGGAGUUUCAGUAGCUGAACGAGUCUGCUGUACCUAUUGCGCGAGCUUGUGCCCCAGUUGUGUUGCGCGUAGACGAGAGCUCUUAGGUGUAGUAAGCUGGAUUAAUGUAGCAUUGUUGGAGACGGAGAAUGAGCAUGCGCGAAACCAGUUACCGCGCGGCACUCCCGCCGAUUUGGCGAGCUCGACAAUGAGUGGUGGCGCGCAAGCACGCACGAGGUAGCUGGUCUCGCGGCGGAGGAGCGCCGAGUUGGCAGACUAAGCGAGAGACGCCGGUUGGCGGGGCGUUCUGUUGUUGUGUUGCAGUUGUGUUUGCAGGUGGGUCCGAACGCUGUUCCGUAAGCGGCGCUCGUCCCGCUCCACCGGAGAGGCUACCGCCCCCGCUUCCCCCGCCACGCUUUCCGAACAACGCUGUCUGACACUGGGGAGCUCGUUCUCUUAAUGCCGUCGGCCAGGCCCGGCGCCUCGCGCGGGGCCUCGAGGCCCGACUGGCCCGGCUGCUGGCUGAGCGCGCCCACGCCUGCGCUGCCGUCCUUCGCGAGGUGGCCGUCGCCCGCAAGCACCGGCGAGCAGCACUCCUCGCCACCUGAGCGAGCGCCGCUGCAAAGACUGAGCAUCCACUUGUACUACCCUGCGUCGUUCGUUCGUUCGUUCGUUCGUUCGUUCGUUCGCUCGCUCGCUCGCUCGUUGAUUGCCUUCUCUUCGCCCCGAGUCCGCGCUAAGCUUCUAUUGGCCCACCCAUCAGAGGGAGCCUCUCAAAGCAAUACGUAUUAUAUACACAUGCGUGUAUGCAUACGACCUAUGCGACCGACCGACCACCAAUCGACUUGAGCAAACCAACGCAGCUGCGGUUCACGUUGCCUCCUAGAGCUUAGGUCCGCGCUGCCAGCAACGAGUCGCGAGAAACGAUAACGGACAUUCCGAGCGCUACAUAGUUUAUCAGUGCCUACUGUGCCCAAUUUUAUUAGAAUAAUAAUCGAAACUCUAUGUCGUGUCGCUGCUGCAAUUCCAACCGCUCGUCACAGCAGCAUCUCAUCUAAUUCUUAGGGACAAUUUUAUUCGAGAUCGCACGCGUCGUUGCACGAGCGUCAUACGAGGCAACAAUCGACCGACAGCAACAAAUGAUGAGCCAAGUUUGCCGCAUGAGAACAGUUACAAGUGAUGAUUUUGAUCAGUGAUGUAUAACCAUUACACGUAUAUCUACAUCAACGGUAAGAGACGACUCUGCGGAGGACGACUUUUUGUAUAAAUCAGUAUUACAGCGCAACGAUCUCAUGUGAUUCGCGCAUUAUUAUAACCUAUUGUAGUUAGCUGUCGCAGCAAAUCGCGAAGCAGGUCUAUGACCAUGUCGAUCGACAUACGCGAUAGAAUAAGGACACGAAGUAACGGAAGCUUUCCAAUGCACCUAUUUACUUAUUAAUUUUGCUCUUUUGCUUCCCUCACAUUUUGUACGUGUUGUCCUAUUCUAAGAUUACGUUACGAUGCGUCAACAGUUUUCAAUAAACGCGCAAAAUUAUGUAAAUCAACUGCCAAUUUUAACUUGUAGCUUUGUUGUAGCGAUUCCAGAUUGCUUCAGUAAUGAUUUACGACGAAACGCUCGAUAAAUCAUCGAGGUUCGACUGAAUGCGAUGCGCGUCGAAGAUUUUUAAAAAAUGUUAACUAGAAUUUUUAAUUGAGCCACAUACAGAACAUAAUUUUACCAAAGCCAAUGCAUUUCUUACGUUUUUAAUAUAUUUAUAUGAAAAAAGAGACAAAUUACCCACGCAUUUGAUAACAUUUCGUCAAUGCGAAUUAGAAUUAAAAAUGUGAUGAAUAGUGCGCUACUUAAGGAACCCAAAUUUUUUACAAAAAAAGCCAAUGAGGACAAUUUUUUAAAAUUUUAAUAUGAUGAUAGCUCGUAUAAGACUCGUUCAAUAAUUAUUUUUACGGACUGAAAUUGAUACACAAAUAAUUAUAUGAUAUACGGAUCAGGUGGAUGGGGAAAUCUUGGAAAAAUUUAUAAAUUUAUCGAUCACUUGUUACAAAAAAUUUAACAAUUUAGUAGAUCCUUGAUCGUUUAUCCAAGUGAAUCUUGGAAACCCUUCCUCUAUAUGUAAAUACUCAUGUAUAUACGUUUAAAAUCUUCGAUUCUACGUAUAUAGGGAGUGACCAUUCAAGAUUAAGCGAUUCAUUUUAAAAAUGAAUCAGAAAUUCAACGUGAAACGUUUCUUUUCCAAAAGUAUUUACGUUUUAGAAUGAUAGAAAUAAUCACAUUACCGAUAUAUAAAGGCUCACUUCGUACUUAAUCCACUCCGCAGACGAAUCGAGUUUAACCGGUUAUCUAUCUAAAAAUAUAUAAUUAUCGAUUAAUUUUUCAUCACAGAAUACGAGUCGAUAUUCAAUUAGCGUACAAUUAAAAAUACUUGGUAAUAAAACCAACUGGAAUUUCAAAUAAACGUUUAUACGAUAAAAAAGACUUAAAAAUAUCGAUCGAAAAAUGUCUUGCAUGCGCACAACUUUUUUUCUUGCACGGUCUUUUCGAAGAUCAAUAAAACAAAAAAAAACUACACAACAAGUCAGGGAAGGUUCUACGAAGGCUCAAUAAAAGCGGUGCGGUAUGAUGUAAAAGCCCGCUCACUUGAGUAUUGUACUCCUUUGCGCGGAGUUAAUAAUAAGUAACAUUUUCACUUUAAAUCGUCUCGUCAAACACUAAAAUGUUUGUAAUUUUAAGAAUCGCAAAAUAAUUAAGCUAUAACUAAUGAAAAGUUGACUUCAGAUGCCGUUCAAGCUACACUUAAUAGGCCUAAAUAUCGAUUUCCAAGUAAAUUUAUUUACUCGUCGACUUACUUUCAAGGUACAACUUGAGCUGUUCAAUGCAAAUGCUGAUAAAUUAUACGACUUUGGAAAUUAGAAAAAAAGAUAUUUUGUGUAAGAAAAUGCCAUAGCACGCGAAGGAAAAAUAUUUUCAUUAGCGUGUUACUGCAGCCAGGUGAUAAUCGUCGAGGUGCUGAAAGAAAACGCUUUUGUUUUUGUAAGGCACUUAAAAGUGUUAAAAAUGGACUGUUUUCGCAAGAAUUUAGCAGAGGAAAAUGAAAACAUAAGUUGUGAAAAAGAAAACUCAAGUGGCUACUUGCAAUAUCGAUGAUCAUAUAAUAAUAGUAAAAUUGUGCGGCGCUCUACCCAUUUCGCGAGAAUACACAUAGAACAGUGAGAGACAGUCGGCUAUUGAAAAGGCAGUGGAUAGCUUUCGCGAGUCAGAGAGAGAGAGAGAGAGAGAGAGAGAGAGGGAGAGAGCGGAUGAUUCUAAAAAAUGGAACGCAGGAGAAAGACAAGGGUGAGAACAAAGGAGCAGGGCAAAAGAAAAGGCUUGGAAGAAUAGCGAUUUCUCGUUUAUGUAAUGGUCGCGUGAUAAUCGCGACGAGAGAUGUCUUCGCUCGCGAAGCCAGUUCGCAAAUCCAUUUUUUAAUUAAUCCUGCUGGGAUGCGAGUCGAAUGUUCCGGUAUCGACUAUUGACGCAGGCCGCUUGUAUUCCAAUUUAAAACUUAGCCAAAUAAAUAAUCAUCUAUAAAACUCGGACAGUAAGCGUAAAAAUUAGACGUUUGAUUAAGAGCACGUGCUGAAAUGAGCACUGCUGAUAUUCCUCUAUCUCUAUACCUACCAAAACGCUCCGCAUUCUAUAUACGCCAGCAGAUAAGCUGCGAACUCCUUCUUUCUAUCCUCUAUACGCGCUUCUUCUGCUUUCUUGCAAAAUCACGGCACCAAUGUAAACACCUAUGUAGGGCUAAGUGCAAACGGUUCGCGCCAUCGAUGGAACCAUUUUUCACCUCCAAAUUCCUUUCACUUCCAAGGCUUAUCGAAUUAACUUGUCAAGCCUACGUAAAGUAUAACAAUGAAGCUUCAAGCUAACGUUUUUAUAAUCUUCGUUAUGCAAAGGCUUUCGUUCGAUUUAUCACAAGUCCCGCCGCGAGUAACACUAUUUCCGAGAUAAGUUCACUGCCACUGACCGGUCGACGACGGUGCUCCUUCCGACUGGUAUUCACACGCGAUCAGUAUUAUGCAAAAUGACAAGUGGAAUGAAACCGUGAACGGACAAGAAAAACAGAAAAUUACGCUGAUGUACAGUGAUCCGAAAUACUUAUCUAUACAACGUAAUGUAAGAGUUAUAGUAUGUACUUAGGAAGGUGAUAAGACAGAGAAGAGAUAUAGCGAACGCGAAAAUGCGAUAAAAGUGACGGACUAGAGAUGUAGUCUUUAAGCGCUAACGGUUAGGCACUGCAUCGAUAUGAAAAAACACGGAUAUGUUAUAAAUAUAUACAUAUAUACAUAUAGUUAUACUAAGAGUUAGGCUGAGAAUAAGGAACAAGGAUGAAGUAAUAAUAAUGGACUUGCGGAGCCUGUCUGUAAUAUAAAACAAAACAAAUAAACUAUGUACGUAUCUGGAUUUCUUCAGAGACAAAAUAACUCUAAGGAUCUACGCUCUCAAAUAUAUGUGUAGUGAUUCUAUAUAGAACUAUGAUUGAAAGCGCAACGACGAACAUUACAUAGAAUUUGCAUGCGGCCGGCACAGAGGGAAACAUGGCAUUUAACAGAAAAUCUUUGUUCGCAACCUUCCUUCGGCCCACAAUAAUCUACUACACACGAGCAAACACACACGAGCGUACACGCUCGAUAUUAUCUAUCUCUCUUCCAACAAGGAGCCAUUUUAAACGCAAACGUGCGAUUCUUCACUGUUGAUAUUAACUUUACUAUAUUGUUUUAGUCAAGAUAUAAAAAAGAGAUAUAUAUAUAUAUAUAAUAUUUUAAACGUGACAACAUUAUGAUGCAUAUAAGUUGGAUGUAACGUAAAAGCGAACGAACUAAACAUUUUUCUCAAGAUAACAAUUUCGGUACGUGGUCGAUUUUUCAUGCAUUUGUAUCAUACAUCAAGGCGCUGAAAGCAUUGUUGUCCAAUCACAUAUUAUGCGACCAAUACCUAUACAGCCAAUUCCACAGGAAAAAUACAUUUAUUUUUUUUUUUUGCCGGCUCCGUUUAAACUUAUCUAUUUUAUCGCUGCCUGUCUAUAUUUUUCGAUUACAAAUUCAUUUAGCUUUUCACCAAUUUUUAACAACUUGUUACAGCAGUUUUUGUCCGUAAAAAAGCUGAUGAAAGACUUAUUUUUAUAGAUCCCUUAUAAUUUGUUGAAAUCUAUCAAAAAUGAAAUAAUCACCGUUCACCAAUAAUCUAACUUAUAAUUCGAAUUAUACGGGACGAAAUACAACAAAUGACAGAAGACACAUUUACUUUUAGUUCAAAAUUUUCAUCCUUGUAAAGCUUUGGAAAUAUAAACUCUGCGUAAACGUGUCAAUUUUGCAGUUUCAUUGUAGCAAUGAGUUUUUUAUCCAGUUCUGCAGUUUUCAAAGCUCUGUGAGGUUCCAAAUUUUGUGCAUAUAAAAUAAGCAAAGAUAUGGUUCUCGACGUUUUCUGUCUGACCAAUUCCGAAUUUGAAGUAAAAUGUACGUUUUCGCUUUUCAUUUUUUAUUCAAUUCAAAACGACCACGAAAAUUCGUGAGCUUUCUACGACCCAUGUUCGGUCAAAAAUAAGGGCAAAAAAAGCUCACCACAAGAAUGCGCGGCGAGAUACAUAAGAUUUUUGGAUUCUAUUAAUAGCAUCCAGACUGGUAUGAUCGAUAAAUUGGGAGCGUGUAGUGAGUUUGAAAAUUUGGCAAAACCGUGUCGAAGGGAAGCAUUUGCUGUGGAAUUGGUAGCAUAUUAGAUUGCACGAGAAUUUUUCGAUUGACAAAACAAAAAUACUCAUGCGGCGAAUGUAAGACCGAUAGAACAAAUGGCUAUAAUAAACAUCAAACCGGAAGACUAGUAGCAGUCACUUAUUAAUAUGUAUUACGUACGACGACACAACGGAAAAUAAGAAAAACACAUUUAAAAAAUGCUUAUAAAUAAAAACGGUCGAAUAAACACUCGAUAUAGAAAAUCAAUUAUGUACAGUACGUAUGAUUACGAAUUCGUAUCGAUAAGAUUUGAAAGAAAAACAAAGAACGUAUAACGGAAAAGAAUUUUCAUGCGCGUUUCUUAUUAUAUUGGUUCGCGAAUUGUUGCAUCCUCUCGAAAGCAGCGACACCGACCCUUUAGCGUACUAAAGGCCACAUUGCCAAACGAUGUUCAAUCUCUGCAGUGAAAAUGCCGACUUUUCGGGACUUUGUUCAAUGUUGAAUUUGAAUUAUGCUAUAUCAUUGUUAAUGAUAAUACAUUCUGUAUCAAGUUUGUACUAUGUAAUUGUAGUUUAUUGGCGCGUAGAUUGAAACGCAUCAGAGAUAAAUGAUUCUCUGUAUAAGAGCUUUUAUAUAGUUUUGAGCUUAAAGAGAAAUUCGCAUUUGUCUAUUUCAUGGGCAUCAUAGAAACGGCUCUGUCUAUUCUAUCAGUGGAAAAAGUUACGACCUGCAAAUAAAAUCAUGAGUUGUAUUGUCAAAUAACUCGAGUAUAAAAUUGCACAUUGUUUUUGGAGGAAUGAAAAUAGAAUGGCAAAAAAGAGUGAGGUGGAGAUUGAAAUUCGUUGGGUGAGUAAUAGUGGUGAAUGUGGCAGCGCAAUAUUCCCGAAAGGUGUACGCUACGCGAAGAGUGGAAAGCAAAGAAAUGAAGCUCGCGACCUCAAAUGAAAGAAAACGGGCUCGCCUGUCCAUGCUAUCUGUAGAUAAACGUAUAUGCAUAAACAUAAACGAUUACGUUCAUUAAAUUAUAAAAAUAAACUGUCCAAUUGUGUUUUGCGCUACGUUGUUGUUCCCUCGACGUCUCUAAUAUCGAUUUUCCCUGUGAACGCAUCAAGAGUAUUGUUAACGCGACAAGAGAGCGAGAAUAAGCCCCAUGUAGAUUGAUAUAAGACACAAUUAUAACAAACACAGCGUUGCAAUAGUUUCCGCAUUUUUAUCAUGUGAAUAGGUGCAAUAAUUCAUAGCUUCACAUAAUUUUCCAAUAAUCAAAUUGAUUCUUCUUUUAUUAGACGGUCGCGUACUUUUCACAGUCGCAUGAGUGACAACGUUUUAUUAUCAACAGGUGAAAACGACACACAGGACGGACGUUCAAUUCCUACUAAGCAGUUAUUUUUGUAUUAUCGAUUAUCCAUACCAAGACAAAAGUAAAAAAAAAGGAAAAAACGAGUACUCUUAAAUAUUCAAAAUAAGCAACUAACGUCCACUCGAUUUUUCACGUCGGACCCGCGCAGUUUCGACUACAUUAUUUUACACGAAAGCUGCUCGGGAUCGAUUUGAAUUUCGGAGCAGACUACAUGAGGGUGUAUUUUUAUUAAAUUAUAGAACAAACCAAACUACUCGUCGGUUAUAAUCUCUUGAAAAAUUACGAUUGCACGAUUACAAUCUUCAAUAAAUUCAUUCGAAUAGUACAUUUAAGCUAUUGUGUUGUAGUUAUGGUAACGACAGUAAUUAGACAGCCUUUGCCAAACAUAAAUCUUACGUUCGUUAGCUUACAUUUCAUUCAAUUUACGACGAUGGCGAUAACGAAUGAUGAAUGUGAAUAUACCAGUUUCGCAUAGACCAACGUAAUCGGAGAAAAUCUUACAAAACCAAAAACUCGAGCAUGCGAGAGAAUUUCUAUGUUGAUCGAUACGCGUUUACCUGCACAGUUCGCCACUAAAUGGUAAUGAGAAUCUUGUUGCAUUUUUCCAACUUACUGCAAUCGUUUGCCGACCGAACGACGCUCAACUGUUUCUCUUUGUCAUUUAACUUUGUACUAUUAUCAUUUUUUGUUAUUUAUUGAAUAA